CCCAGCCACACAACUACUACUCGGACAAAGUUUAUUGCUCAGGUUUUCACGUGAGAGCGAUGAAUAAGUACGCGGGCCGAGGAGUCGGUAACGAAGAGCUCGGUGACCGUAAACAGAGGAGAAAACUUGCAGGAACAGUCGUCGGUCUGUCGCCGGCGGAGUUUCCUCGAUUUCUCUUCGCCUCCUUGAUUGAAGUGCCUAUAGUCCGGGUACCACAAGGGAAGAAGCUCCGCAAGACGGGAAGAGUGGACACGGAAGUUUGAAACAAACUGAUUUAUGCGGCUUUGGAAAGCCCGGUUGCAAAAGUAUUAAACUCUGGCGACCAGCAAUGUUUUUGUGAGGUUAAUACCGUGCACUUGCCCGACUUUUACUACCAGCGUGUUCGCAGCGAUCCAGCAAGAGGCAACUGUUGACUACUCGAUGUGCAUUUAAGGGUCUGGCGCUGCUUACCACCAGCUAACGUUAGUUAGCCUCCAUGGCUACCUUCAACACUAGCUUGAGGUCGCCAGCCUGCCAACAAUAUAAAUGUUUCCUUGGACGUAUUCCUGUGAAAUGCCUUUCUUUGACCUCUGAAGCACUCAGGCUCCAUUAAUGCAUGAUAAACAGAGACAUACUGGAGUAAUACAGACCUGCAUAGGUGACCCACAUCACCCAUACUCCAGGAGCAGACAGACUGAGUCAGGGAAAGGGGCUCCCCUCCCUGCCUGGGGGGCCAGCUGUUGGACGGUGAGCAACUCAGUCCAGCUUGGAGAGUCCCGGCUGCGGCCUGGCACCCUGCCCUUAUGGGGCAGCAGCCGGGGAAGUUUGUAGGGGACCAGAGGAGACCCAGUCUGCCAGCCUUCAUAAAGGGUGGGAAGAGAGAGUCGUCUCGACAUGGGAGCCAGCCCUGUAACGUGUUUGCUGUGCAUGAAGCUCUCCAAAGACCAGACUUUGAGGGGCAGGGUCUGACAGAAGCGGCCCGUUGGAACUCCAAAGAGAACCUGUUGGCUGGACCCAGUGAGAAUGACCCCAACCUGUUUGUGGCACUCUACGAUUUUGUGGCCAGUGGUGACAACACACUCAGCAUUACCAAAGGUGAGAAGCUGCGUGUGCUGGGUUACAACCACAACGGGGAGUGGUGCGAGGCACAGACUAAGAAUGGCCAGGGUUGGGUGCCGUCGAACUACAUCACACCAGUCAACAGCUUGGAGAAGCACAGCUGGUACCACGGACCUGUGUCACGCAACGCUGCAGAGUACCUGCUCAGCUCGGGCAUCAAUGGAAGCUUUCUGGUCCGCGAGAGCGAGAGCAGCCCCGGCCAGAGGUCCAUUUCUCUGCGGUACGAGGGGAGAGUCUACCAUUACAGGAUUAACACUGCAUCUGACGGCAAGCUGUACGUCUCGUCAGAAAGCCGUUUCAACACACUGGCGGAGCUGGUGCACCACCACUCCACGGUGGCCGACGGCCUCAUCACCACACUGCACUACCCGGCACCGAAGCGCAACAAACCCACCAUCUACGGAGUCUCUCCCAACUACGACAAGUGGGAGAUGGAGCGCACUGACAUUACCAUGAAGCACAAACUGGGAGGGGGCCAGUACGGGGAGGUGUACGAGGGCGUUUGGAAGAAGUACAACCUCACUGUGGCAGUCAAGACACUAAAGGAGGAUACAAUGGAGGUGGAGGAGUUUCUCAAGGAGGCUGCUGUUAUGAAAGAGAUCAAACACCCCAACCUGGUACAGCUGUUAGGUGUGUGCACGCGGGAGCCACCUUUCUACAUCAUCACGGAGUUCAUGACCCACGGUAACCUACUAGACUACCUGAGGGAGUGCAACAGAGAGGAGGUCAAUGCUGUGGUGCUUCUCCACAUGGCCACACAGAUCUCCUCUGCUAUGGAGUACCUGGAGAAAAAAAACUUUAUACACAGGGACUUGGCUGCCCGUAACUGUCUGGUCGGGGAGAACCACCUGGUGAAGGUUGCAGACUUUGGUCUGAGCAGGUUAAUGACAGGAGACACAUACACAGCUCACGCAGGAGCCAAAUUCCCCAUCAAGUGGACCGCUCCAGAGAGUCUGGCCUACAACAAGUUCUCUAUUAAGUCUGACGUCUGGGCAUUUGGUGUUCUGCUGUGGGAGAUCGCCACCUACGGCAUGUCUCCUUACCCUGGCAUUGACCUGUCCCAGGUCUAUGAGCUGCUGGAGAAAGACUACCGCAUGGACCGACCAGAGGGCUGCCCGGAGAAGGUCUAUGAGCUCAUGAGAGCCUGUUGGAGGUGGAACCCCUCAGAACGUCCCUCUUUUGCUGAAACACACCAGGCCUUUGAAACCAUGUUCCAGGAGUCCAGCAUCUCUGAUGAGGUGGAAAAGGAGCUGGGCAAGAAAGGGAAGAAGGCCACAUUAGGUCCCAUCCAACAGGCUCCAGAGCUGCCCACCAAGACCAGAACUCUCCGCAAAAACAUGGACAACCGGGAUGGAGAUAGUCCAGACCCAGUGGAGCCGGAAGGAGCUGUGUCCUCACCCAUGCUGCCCAGAAAGGAGCGCCCCCUCCUGGAUAGCAACUUGAAUGAGGAUGACCGCUUGCUACCCAAAGACAAGGACAAGACGCGCGGCAGUGGUUUUCUCAGCCUCAUCAAGAAAAAGAAAAAGAACGCACCAGCUCCGCCCAAACGCAGCUCCUCUUUCAGAGAGGACGUCCACCCUGACAGGAGGGGCGUGACUCCAGAUCCUCGAGACAUUGACAGCUUCAACAAUGGCGCAUCUCUGGCCAAUAAUGACGCCACACAUGGCCUUGACUCCUCCAGGUUCCUGGGUGCCAACAAUAAUGGGGCAGGGGGCAUCACCAAUGGAGCGCCUACCUACCCAGGGCCGUUAUUCCCCUGGAAGAAGGGAGGUCCUGCAGUGCCUGGCCCAGGAGGCAAGGCAGCUACCACACCACCAAGUGAGGAGGAAUCCCUCUCCAACUCAAAGCGUUUUCUCUGGUCCUCUAGCAUGCCCUCUGGGUCAGAUGGCAGCGAGUUUAAGUCUGUCACGCUGCCACGAGACUUGGGCCAGCGUCACUUUGACACAGGUACCUUUGGGGGCAAGCCGGCUCUGCCACGCAAGAGAACCAGUGAGCAGAAAGGGGAGAGCACCCCUCGGAUGGGCACCCUGACGCCUCCGCCGCGUCUAAACUCCUCAUCAGAUAUUUCCUCUGCCUUCUUGGGCAAAGACACUGAUCCCAGUCCCGGUUCCAGUCCCCAGGCUUUAACGCCUAAGGCGGUCAGGAGACCAGGUGUGCCGGGGCUGGAGAACUCCAAAACCAGCGCUCUCCAUGCUGAGCUUCUCAAGCCCAACGUGUUCCCUGCUUUAGGGGCAGCUGGAGAAGAGUGCAGGGCCCGCAGACACAAGCAGCCUGUGGACUCCUCAUCUGUCAGGGAAAGAGGAAAGUUACAGAAACCCAAGCCAGCCCCACCUCCACCACCCACCAAUGCCAAAACGGGCAAGAUCUCCCGCAGCCCCACUCAAGAACUCCCCUCCUCCACCACCUCAGACAUCAAAGCUAAGGGUCUCCCCUCUGUCUCCGAGCCCCACCACACAACCACUGCCAGUGACCAAGCCCGCUCACCACUCAGUGAGGGCUCUAAGAAGCUGCCCCUGGGCUCCACCUCCAAACCUCAACCGUUGAAGACCUCCACCUCCUCCACUUCAGUGACCAACUCCCUCUCCAGCCAGAGUCUAGGAGGUUUCUCUUCCUCCCUCACCUCUCCCGGCGAUCAGAGCUCGCCCACUGCUUUCAUCCCCCUAGUGAACACUCGACGCUCCCUCCGCAAGACUGCACCCCGCCAGGCCGCCGAGCGCACCCCCAACUCAGCCGUGACGCGCGAGAUGGUGCUGGAGGGUACCGAGCUGCUCCGCGCAGCCAUUUGCCGUAACUCGGAGCAGACGGGUAGCCACAGCGCUGUGCUGGAGGCCGGCAAGAACCUGUCGAAAUACUGCAUGAGCUACGUCGACUCCAUCCAGCAGAUGAGGAACAAGUUCGCCUUCCGUGAGGCCAUCAACAAGCUUGAGAGCAGCCUGCGCGAGCUGCAGAUCUGCCCCACUGCCACAGGGGGCGCUAAUGCACAGCAGGACUUCAGCAAGCUCCUGUCCUCUGUCAAAGAAAUAAGUGACAUUGUUCAGAGGUAGCGCCCUAAAAGCUUAUAAUACCAAGACAUAAACCUGAUACUGUAUCUUACACUACUUACCCUUUUUUUUCUGAGCAUGAACUGUGGAUCAUGCCAAGCUCCCGUUGGAGAGCUGAGGGUAAAGUCUGCUGGAGAGCAGCGGCAGAGUGUAGGUUCACACUACAGUACACUCUGAAACACUUAAGCCUGUGGUUAUUGUGGAUGGAAUCAGUGGAAUCUGUCUGUAGACGUCAUCAGACAGAGUUUGCAAUAUUGAAAAGCCUUAACUAUGAAUGAACAGUGUCUUUUGGCCUCAGUGAGAGGCUAGGGGGCCAGUUUUUGAUCAACAUGACUUUUCACCAAUCAUUUUUUGAAAUGAUCAUGUCUUAUGUAUUCUAGUUGUUUCUUCCCCUUUUAUCGAUGACGCUAGUAGGAAAAAAAAAAAGGCCUGUGAUAUUUGUUUCCAUCACUGUUGGUGUGUUUGAUUUUCUUUUUUUCAUUGAUGCCAAUGACAAUGAGCAAAAACAAAACACUAAACCUCAUCUUGUCUUAGGAUGCCUUCUCACACUUCAACAGCUAAUCUCACAAUUUCACAGACGCCUCUGUCCAACACAUCCCAGCGUUUUCCUUUCACGUCAAUGGUGAUUGGUUGUGUGCUGAGUGAAAACGUGUCAGUGUUUGUUCUGUUUGAAUGCUUUUUGCAGUAUUUGCAACCAUGUGCCAUAAAAUAAUAAUAAUGGGAGCGAGCAGAUGAGGGAGUUUGAGCCUCCGGCCUUCCCCUUUUUGCUUGACUGCACACUUUGGUAACAAAUAGUGCCUUAAACAAUAUUGGCAGAGCUGUUUAGACUUCUCACUUUACAAGUGCAGAAAUGUGGCAGAAUUUUGCCAGGUGGCCAAGAACAGCUGUGUUGAUUUGUUUAUCAGAUUUAAAUGUUUGCCAUACCAAAAAAAAAACUUUGUCUCCAGUCUGUACUGGAGAGGGACCAGGGUGAUCUGCAACUCUGUGGAUCUAACUCUUGUUUUAUAUUGUUCUUUGACUGGACCUGUUUUUUUUUUUUUUUUGUUUUGUUUAAUAUAAAAGUUUGAAUUAAACUUUCUCUACAUGCCAGUCACAAAAGCCAUCAGUAGCAGCUUGGCCUUGGGAAUAUGGACUGAAACAGUGUUUCUCCGAUCACUGAAGGGGCCUCUUUGCCUGAGAGAAUUAGUUUUGACGGAGAGUUUAUGUCACAUGGUCUAAAUGCUGUUUCAGAGGCCUUUCCACCCCAGUAAGAAGUAUAUAUCCUGGGGGAAACACUGGACUGAAAUGUUUAUGGAUCUGUCACUUGCUGUCUUACAAAAAUAAUGUAUAAGUGAGAAGCUGACCAUUAUAGACUAAGAGAGCCCAUGAAAUUCCACUGUAACACCGUACGUUCCUUUUAUUCUCGUCUGCAUCUCUUAGACAUUUUCAGUAUUUGUGCUGUAGUCGUCUCACCCCCGUGUGCCCUGUCUGACUGCGAUGCCUGAGGACACGAGUCAACCACAAGCUGCCUUGACUUCAACAUGGUACUGUCAGUGUUGGCUUAUAUUUUAAAUCCUCCCCUUUACCAACCAUACCACUACUCUUUGUGACUAAGCCUCCUCACCAAUUUUGUAGACAAACUUUGCUUUCCUUUGUAAAUACAUUUUCUUUUUCCUAUUUGUUUCUCCCUCUAGCCUUGGUGCAAUUUUUGUUGCAAUAAAAUACAAAGCAGUUGUGCUACUUGAAAUACA